AAUUUUAUGUAGUGUGGCAAAAUAAAACUUUAAUCGGUACAUGGUAGAUAAAAUCUCAUAACAUGAUGUCGUUCCCUAUUUAUCUAGCAGAACAUUUUCCUCAGUAAUCUUUUAUGAGCAGCGCGAUGCGAUAGGGAACUUGGGAUCUUGUACUUAUACUGUUUGAGGAAGGUGACACCCAUAACGAUAUUUAAAAUCUACACAUUAUCAGUCUAUUUAGGUUGUUACUGUGCAAAGUAAACGUUAUUUUUUAUGAUCUAUUCAGUUUUGAAAUAAUUUCACAUAACUGUAGCAUCUGUAGGCAAUGGUUUUUGAGUGGGUCUAAUAAUUAACAAGUUUGACGAUUAUAUUUGAAGACUAUUUACUUUAAGUAGACUCCGUUCAAAAUUAUGUUCAAUAGUCGCAUUUAACAGAAGUAAUUUUUUGCGCAUACAUAUAUUGGUUAUUUAUUGGUUUUCAGAAAAGUUUGCUUGUUAUUGGAGAAAAUUACAGUUUCCAUGCCGAGUUUUUGUACUAUUUCAACUCCCCAAAUAUAUAAUUGUUUAAAAUCAGUUUUUCCAAGUGGGCAUCACUUGGAAAAACUUAAAAAAAGUCACGGCAACUUUUUAAUGUUAGUUUUCAGUUAUCGAACUUCAAUACGACAUUAAAUUAAAUUGUUUUUAUGGUUUGUACCAGGAACGAACGCGCGAUGGUGGACCGAUUAGAAAACGUGACGCAUACCGUCACGAGGAUACUUGACGGAUACGACAUUAGGUUGCGACCGAAUUUUGGUGGAGACCCUCUGUACGUUGGCAUGGAUCUCACUAUUGCUAGCUUUGACGCAAUCUCUGAAGUUAAUAUGGAUUAUACAAUAACCCUUUAUCUGAAUCAAUACUGGAAGGAUGAAAGGCUGGGCUUCGGCUUGCCAGACGAGGUCUUGACACUGUCAGGAGAUUUCGCCGAUAAGAUUUGGGUGCCCGAUACGUUUUUCGCUAAUGACAAGAAUAGUUUUCUCCACGACGUGACGGAGCGGAACAAGCUAGUGCGUCUCGGCGGCGACGGCAGCAUCACAUACGGCAUGCGGUUCACGGCCACGCUCGCCUGCAUGAUGGACCUGCACUACUACCCGCUCGACAGCCAGAACUGCACCGUCGAGAUUGAAAGCUAUGGCUACACGGUGUCUGACGUGGUGAUGUACUGGAAGGAGACGCCGGUGCGCGGAGUGGAGGACGCUGAGCUGCCGCAGUUCACUAUACUCGGACACGAAACUAAUGAUAGGAAGGAAAAGUUGGCGACAGGCGUCUACCAGAGGUUGUCGCUGAGUUUCAAACUGCGCAGGAAUAUUGGCUACUUCGUGUUCCAGACGUACCUGCCUAGUAUACUCAUUGUCAUGCUGUCUUGGGUUUCGUUCUGGAUCAACCACGAGGCCACUUCAGCUCGAGUCGCUUUAGGAAUCACAACGGUGUUAACGAUGACUACAAUAAGUACAGGCGUGCGCAGCAGUUUGCCGCGCAUUUCCUACGUGAAAGCCAUUGACAUCUACCUAGUGAUGUGCUUCGUAUUCGUGUUCGCCGCACUGCUGGAGUACGCAGCUGUCAACUACACGUACUGGGGCGCCAGGGCCAGGAAACGAGCCAAGUUAAAGAACAGAGACACGCUCUCUACUAGCGCUAGUGUUGAAAAGGAAUUGAAGUGUUCUGGAGGAUCCCGAUCGCCCGAAGAGAUAAUAGCUCUCCGCGAGUGCGCGACGAGCACUGGCCGGGUGUCUCCGCUGCUGGGGCUCCGGUCGAAGCCGCUGCCGGCCGCCAGCGGAGCCCCGCCGUCCCUGCGCCUGCAGCGCGACCACACGCACCUCCGGUACCGGACGAGGCCGCACUCUAGGAACUCCAGAAACGGAUCGACGGGCAAGCCUAAGAUGAUGCACGCGCUUCGGCGGGGAGCCACCGUCAUCAAGGCGUCCAUGCCCAAGAUCCGCGACGUCAACGUCAUCGAUACCUACUCCAGGGUCAUCUUCCCCGUCUGCUUCCUCCUCUUCAAUGCCGUCUACUGGGUCUUUUAUAUCUUCGAUUAAAUUAAAAAGUCCUGCUGCAUUCAUGAGCAUUACGUAAAAAUAAAAAGUCUUAUAGUCUAAUCGAGAUCAAGUUCGCAUCCUGGAGAGCGCUAACUACCGCUAAUUCGUGCAGUGGCAGAAGUAGAAGUGAAUGAAGUUCUGCUAAUGACGUAUAUAAUACUGGAUCCGUGAUCGAUCUUCGUUUGGUCAAAAAAGGUUUAAUUCGAAUCAUAACCAAAAAAAAGAACAAAGCUCGUCAAAUUGCGCCGAUUGUAUCGUUAUGUAUGACAAUGACAAUCCUAUCCGUCGAGACACGUUACUUUGACAUUUCGUAUUAAUACAUUGUAGGGAUUCCAUAAAUGGAAACUGGAACAAUUGACACCUGUCAGAAGUGACAGUUGAAUAAAUCUAUAUCUUUUAUGAUGUAAUCCAGUUAUAUAUAAUGUACCAUCUACCAACGUUAUAGGUUAUAACGCAGCAUUUUAAACGUAUAAUCAUUUCAUUAAAUUAUUAAAAAAAAUAGAUUCUUCUGCACUUGUGCUCUUGAGUGUACCAACGGGAAACACACUAUACCUGAAUACAUGACUUAUCAAAAUUAAUGUUCAUGAAUACAGCAAUUUGUGUUAUAUUACA